GAUUGAUUGUGAACUUCACCUGUCGAUUAUCAAUUUCUUUCCUGGCCAAAUUUCUUCGAACUUGCGGCAAUUACAAGCUUUUCUUGUUGCGAUUUCAAUUAUUACCUCCACGAUGCAGGUAAUGCAAGACCCUUCUCAAGGGAUCCAUCGCGAUUUGUUACAUCACGUUCAUCUUCUCUCUACAUAUCGAUUUCCAAUUACACCUACACAAUUACAUCCCGAGAGAGUGGCAGAAUGGCUUAUGAAUGGACCAAAAAUCACUCGCGAUCAAGCUCCUGUUUAUUGGACUUACCUGGACCGACCGGUUGAUGGCACCGUCUUAUUAUCAUGGCAGACACCUACAAUGGGUCAGGAAUUUCCAAGUGAUGGUUACGUUUGGGCUCCUGGAGAGGCAGCUUUCUCUCUCGAAGUUAUGGGCUGCACUUUAGAAAUCUAUCAUUGCAAAAUUGGGUAUGGUACUGGAGAACCCAUCGCAUCUCAUACUCGUCGCCGAUAUCGACUUUUACCACCACGAAUUCCAAAUCAAAACCCUUCACCUGAUCCAAAUCUAUGGAUUAUACAUUAUACUCAAGCUCCUCCCGAGGAUCGUCUCCCACCGCAUAUGAUCCCAAUCAAUCAACAAAUUCAAACCAUUAUGAGUACACGACAAUACUUGCAUCAGCAAGGUCAACUUAUUCACAAGGAGUUUUUACUUCAUGAUAGAGCAAAUUGGGCAAAAAUCGAUUUCCCUCGUGGUCAUCCAAGAGGUGCUCCGAUGUAUGCAGCAAGCAUUCCGCCAAGAGUUCCUCAAACAAUGGCAUAUCCUACUCAUCCUCAACCUGGCCCGCCAUCAAAACGCGCUCGUACAGCAAACGUAGCUCAAGCCGCAGUCGCAAAUAAUGCUGCUGCAGUUGUCGAAGAAGACGAAGAAGAAAAUUCUCGAGGAGACUGGUUUGACCUCACAACACCUAGAGAAAUCAGCUAUAGCAGGUUCCUUGCAAACUAUGAGUGGAUGGAGGAAGUACUCUCUUCACCCUACGCCGUUAAUCAAAUUGUUCCCACGGACCUUGGACUUGGUCUUCGUGGUGAAUUAAGUAGUCUCACUGAAGGCAUAUUUAACGCUCCUCUCAAAGAAACUGAAGAACCAACACUUAAUUAUGUUGGUCGUCUUGAUCCUGGGAAGGCAGAUGAGUUCCGCAAAAGAGCUCAUGAUACUAUUGCACAAACCAAUAAGGACAUUGAAAAAAUGAAAGCAAGACAUGCAAAGCGUCUUGCAAAAUUUCAAAGAGGUUCUCUUAUUUCUCAAGCUGAGAAAGAAUUACGAACGGCUGUUGAUGAUCCUUCAGAUAUUGGUCCCGAAUAUUGGAGACUUGAAGGUAAAAUCGAUGAAGAAGAGAAUGAAGAAUCUGAAACUCCAAUCAAGAUUCCUUCCAAGGUUGAUGAUGUUCUUGCAAAGGUUGAAGCUUCUCUUGGUCGUCAUGCAGUUGCAAUUAGUGAACUUCGUCGUAUUCAAGAUGGUGGAUAUGAAGAAGUUACUGCACGAGCAAGUCCUCCACCUUCUCAACCUUCUCGAAAUAACUCUCAACAAAGUGGCGUUCUUAUGAAUGACACUGAAAUUGGUGAUGUCGGUGAUGUUGACAUGACCAAUUCCACUGCUGGUUUACUGGAUCAAUUCCACAACAGUAAUCCAUCUUCAUCACACGCCACACCAAUAAGUGCUAAUUAUCCAACUCCUGGUCACUUACAGCAUCCUUCUGCAGCAACUACACCAGCUGGAGCUUUACAUAUGGCAUCUCCACAUCUUUCUCAAACUAUGGGAACACCACAAAUUACACAACAGAGUCAAUCUCCCCCACAACAAGAACAAAAUGAUGUUCAUAUGCAGGACUCAACUUCAACAGCAGAAACUCAACAACCUAUGACUACAACAGCGCCACCUACAACAGGUGCUGAUACAUCAGACUGGGUUGUUGUCCCACCAGGAGGUAUCUCACCUACCGCAGACCCUUCUAACAACAAUACAAACAACGGCACACAAAAUUCUGAAAAUCAAAAUCUAAAUCAACAAUCAACAUUAUCAGAUUUUGGCAAGCCAUCUUCCGAUAACAAUGCAUUGGAACAACCAAACACCUCUACGUCUUUACCUGAACCACAACAAGAACUUCAAGAACAUCAAGUGGAACAGGAAGAACAAGAACAUCAUACCGAACUCAACGAGAAUGAUUUUGACCUUGAAGAUUUAGAUACAGCUGGUGAUGCUUUAGCUUCAUAUGAUGCUGGUGAUAAUAUGGAGGAUGGACAUGGUUUGGGUGAUCUCGUUGAUGAUAGUGCAUUUGGCGAUGCUUUCCAUGGCGUCGAUCAUCAUAAUGAUAACGUGGAUGAAGAUAAUCACGGCAUGUAAGAUAAGCAAGGUUUACGGUUGAUUGUGGUAUCGACAUCGACUUGAAGGAUGAUACGAGGAAUUUCAUGGCAUUAUUUACAAUGACGGGGUUCGCCACAACAUGACUAACGACUAAUUUUGGAUUCUCGAACUUCACAUUUCUAUGAUUGAAAACACUCCUACUUUGCGAGUGAGGAACUUCCUCCUUGUGUUUAUACCUUGGGGCAUGAAAGAACCUUGAUAUUGAUAGAGCUUGUGGUUUGGAUACUAGGAUGGAAUGUUGGUUUUUGGGUUGGUGGUCUGGGUAUUGGUGAAUAGGUUCUAGGAAUUUUGAGAUUUCUUCAUGGGUUGGGUUAAAUCGGACUGUACUUAACUGUAGUGGUGUUUUAAUGAUGAAUGGGUAUGUUGAUGGAUGCGUUGAAGGGGGCUUGACUUCAAGAAUCGUCAUAGGCCUCGGUGGAUGUGGUUUUGAUUGAACUGUGGUGGAACUUUGCUGACGGAUGAAGGUUGGUGGAUGGAUGAAUUCUCUGCUGAGAAAAAGAUUUAAGCGAUGCUUUUCAAUUUUCUUGCUCAUUAGUUUCCUAUUCUGCUUGUAUGAUAAUACUAUGAGUUGUAUAAAUAGAGAUGUUUUGUUUUAUCUUGCCCA